AUGGAACUCACUCAGUUCUACCCCAGACCUCCCAAAUAUCCCUCGAUACUCCAUGUGGUCAAUAUUCUGCUGCAUCUUACCGCUCUGUCUUGGUUCCUCCAGGGGUUGAUUACCAUGACUCUUGCGCAGAAUAAUUUUGGACCUCUCACUACACCCUUCGUGCUGCCUUCCUCUUGUGCCACUCCCUUUCUACCAUGCGAGCUUUGCACCGUGGCUCUAAAGGGCCAAGGAUGUGGCCCGUCAUACUACACCGAUGAUCCUGAAUGCUGGCCUUUGAGACCCCUCGAAACCCAGUCGCCACGCCCACGCUUUCUUCAAGGCUUCUACUCGCCUGGAGUCUCCUGUCCAGCCGGUUACACCAGUGCAUGCCAGGUCACGCACGGUGGAGGUGGAGUGGGGUUAGAGCACAUGGAUACACCAGAGGCUAACACAUCUCACGGUGACUUCACUUGCACUAAUGUGCCUUCCCACGACCUUUGCGGUGGAGUUGACUGCAAGGAAACAUCGCACGGUCCUCCCCUUAUCCAAAAGUGUGUGUCCACAGCACAAUCCACCGAAUACAAAGGUUUUGGCUGCUGGGAGGGAAAGCUCAAGCCAAUUGAUGUAACUGUCCCCGGAAAUAACACUCUUUCCUUGGGAACCGGAACCAUUACGAUAUUUCAGCGCAGCAUAUCUGUUUUCGCCCCUUUGAUCCAACUCGUCCACCAACGCACAGAUGUGACCGAUUCAUCUACAAGCACUGCUGGGGCUGAAAAGAAAAAGGGAAUUCAUUCUUCACUUUCCACAGGUGCAAAGGCUGGAAUCGGCAUUGGUUCUGUCAUCGGGGGAUUCGUACUUGUCGGAGCAAUCUUUCUUUUUUGGUCUCGCCGACGCCGAAACAACAGGGCUACAAAUCUAGCCAAGGGAGACUCUUAUGUCAGAAAUCUCCAGAACUACGAGCUUAGCUCCCGCUGA